UUGGCGCGUUUCCGGUGCAUCCUUGGGCCGAUUGUGGUCUUGGUGCAGACAGACCCAGGGCCCGUCCUGAGGCCUUCGGGAAAAUGUUCUACCACAUCUCCCUGGAACAUGAGAUCCUGCUGCACCCGCGCUACUUCGGCCCCAACCUGCUCAACACCGUGAAGCAGAAGCUUUUCACCGAAGUGGAGGGCACCUGCACGGGCAAGUAUGGCUUUGUGAUUGCUGUCACUACCAUCGACAACAUUGGUGCUGGUGUGAUCCAGCCAGGCCGAGGCUUUGUCCUGUAUCCAGUCAAGUACAAGGCCAUUGUUUUCCGGCCUUUUAAAGGAGAGGUUGUGGAUGCCAUCGUCACCCAAGUUAACAAGGUCGGACUCUUCACUGAAAUUGGACCCAUGUCCUGCUUCAUCUCGAGACAUUCCAUCCCGUCAGAGAUGGAGUUUGAUCCUAAUUCCAACCCCCCAUGUUACAAGACUAUGGAUGAGGACAUUGUGAUUCAGCAGGAAGAUGAUAUUCGGCUGAAAAUCGUGGGCACCCGCGUGGACAAGAAUGACAUUUUUGCGAUCGGCUCUCUGAUGGACGAUUACUUGGGGCUUGUGAGCUGAGCGCCAGGGCCAGGUCCCCACUUGGUCCUUAUCACAAAGGUGUGGCUGUCACGGUUUUCCUGUUCUUCAGAGAUUGCGUUUGGUGCCUGUGGGAGAGCCUAGAAGGUUUCUAUUGGCCCCAGAAAAGCACCUGGUCCUU